AUGUCUUCAAAUCAACAAGGAGUUGAAAAUAAUACCAAGCAAAAUCUCUCAUCGGAACGUUUUGCAGUUAAUAUUUCUAAUCAUGUGGGUACUGUCGUAUUAAAUAGACCAAAGAAGAUGAAUGUGAUGGACAAACCAUUCUUCUCUGAAUUUUAUCAAGCCAUUCAUAGAUUGAAUGAAUCAGAUGAUGUUUAUGUUAUCGUAUUGAAGAGUACACCUGUUGAUCAGUGUCCGCACUUCUCUGCUGGAUUGGAUUUGAAGAGUGUUGCCUCUGAUAUUAUGCCAUCAGCUUCCGAUGAUGAAUCUUCUCCUGCUGUGGCCAAUUUGAAAUUAUCAAAAUUAAUUAAUGAAAUGCAACAAGCUUUUAGAAUUUUGGAAACUUGUAAGAAACCAGUGAUUGCUGCUAUUAAUGGAAUGUGUAUUGGUGGAGCUAUUGAUAUGAUUCUUGCUGCUGAUUUUAGAGUUUGUACAAAGGAUGCUAUUUUCAGUAUUAGAGAAACCGCUGUUGGAAUUACUGCUGAUUUGGGUACUUUGAAUAGAAUUCACAGAGUUGUUGGAAAGGGUUUUGCAAGAGAAAUGGCAUUCACUGCUGCUGAUGUUAAGGCAGAUCGUGCUUAUCAUUUUGGACUUGUCAAUCAAGUAUUCGAUUCUCAAAAGGAAAUGUUUGAAGCUGUUGACAAGAUGGCUAAAACUAUUGCUUCUCACUCUCCUCUCAUUGUUCAAUCUACAAAACAUAUUAUGAAUCAUGCUGAAGAACAUUCAAUUGAGGAUGGAUUGGCCUAUGUCAAACUUUGGAAUAGUGCUUUCUUGAAAUCUGAUGAUUUAACUGAAGCUUUCAUGUCAUUCAUGGAAAAACGUAGACCUAAAUUCAAGAAUAAAUUGUAA